GCGCCGAACCUGCAACACUCGGCCGAGGAGGCUGUGAAGAGGUGCUGCGUAUAUCACCAAUUCUUCCCAUUUACUGCCGUCUCCGAGAAGCAGCGGCCCCGAGACUUAGUAGGAUGCAAGACUUACGUCCCUUCCGGCUUCCCAAGUGACUGGAGGACGACAUGCCCAGGAGAGUGGCUGUGUACAACGGAGAUAACAAUGCACUAGAGGAGGUGGUGGUCGCGGCGAGGAGGGGGAAGGAGGGGGCCGAAGGAGGACGUGUAGGGAGGGGCCUGUCUCCUAUGACGACUUCGGAAUCGAGUGAAAAUAAGUUGGCAAUGGCCGUGGAACUCGACCACAUGUACAUAGGAUGUUCAGAUUCAAAAGCGUCCAUUGAAAAGGACAUAGAAGUGCAACACCUCAAGAACAUCAUCCUGCUGCACCUGGACCUCAUACAGCAGCAGGCAGACGAACUCUUGGCCAAGGAAAAGCAGAUUAAGAACUUGCGAGAUGAAAAUGACAACUUACGGGCAAAGUUGGAGCGUCUUGAUCGGCGUCUGUCCCUCAGCCUGCAGAAGAAGGCGAGUGAGGCAUAUACCAACACUGAGAGUCAAGUGGAAGUGCUGGUCUCCCCAAAGGCAGACAAUGACGUAGAGGCUGCUCCCUUCGAAGACGGGGAACUCUCCGGCACGCCUGGCUCCCCCCAUGGCCGGACUCCUGUAACACCCACCACAAACAAAGCUGUCUCCCAGGCAGUCAUAACGUGCUCCCCACCAGGUAAACCAGUGUCUCCAAACACUAAUUCUCUCUCACCCUCCCUCAAGGUUCCCUCCCCUGCUAGUACUAAGUCACUGUCACCAGCAAGCAAGAGUGUCUCACCCGGUGGGAAAACUCGCUCUCCUGCCAGCAAGACAGGGUCGCCUGCCAGUAAGCCUGGCUCUCCCUCCAGCCACAAUGAGCUGCCGGGCAGAAUUGGAGAGACAGCCAAUAAGUGUACGUUGCCAAACAGCCUCUUGGAGCCAUUGGAAAUAAAAGCAGAUUCCUGCUUCCUUGGCAAACCAGGGUCACCUUCACAUAGAAUCUUGUCUCCCAAGCAGUUAUCGCCCACUAGUAAAGCAGUUUCUCCAGCUAAUAGGGGGAGUUAUCUGUCAAAUAGAGUCAGCUCUCCGCCAAGCAAGCCAGGUUCCCCUGCCAACAGGCCUCCUGGAGAGCCUGCGUCCCCCCCACACAAAGUAAUUUCCCCAGUUAGCAGGUUAACAACUGGACAAAACAAAAUGGGCAAUAUCAGUUCAACCGGAAGACUAGAGUCACUACGGAGAACCUCACCAAAGAUCACGUCACCCAAAACCUCCCCAAGAGAGAGGUACCCAAGGGGCGAGACCAACGAGUGCAGCUUGACAGACAGUGAGGGCCUCAGCGAGUCGGUGCCAGACCCUCUGAGGAAGGAGUCACCCCGCGGCAGUGAGAGGCGGUAUGGCCCCAAGCGACGACUGGAGAGUGAGGGUGAGGGCGAGACAGUUGCCAAAAGGACUCGAAGUGAUGACUCCGUGGACUCCACCAACCACAACCUGCGCUCCAGGGACCGGCCCAAGGAGAGAGCAAAGGAGCCAGCAAGCCAGAGUUCCCCAGUCUCAGCGCUGGAGCGCCCGUGCACCCCCACCUCCCGUGCAGCAGCCCUGGAGACCAAGAAACUACGCCAGAAGUUGCUCCUCAAAGAGCGUUGGUGCAGAGGACACCCCUGUGAUGAUAAACAAGGCCAGCCACCCACAGGCCGAGCAGUGCGGGGUGAAGGGAUUCUCAACACCAGUGUGGCCUACUACCUUCCCUACGGCUCCCUCAGGCACGAUCCCAACCCAGAGGAGGAGUGCCUGCAGUCACAAUCACAGGUGGAGAUCCCACAGUGGGGCACACGGGUCCUGACAAGCCUGUAUGUGAUGGAGGGCACGGAGAACCUGGAGGACGAGGUGUUCCUAAAGAGGCACUCCAAGCCAGAGCAGGACGAGAAGAGGCGCAAGAGAUGGGACCUGCAGAGGAUGAGGGAGCAACGGCACUACGAGCGUCUGCGAGAGCGCUACGAGGGCCGGCAGAACACCAGUGAGCCGGAGGUGUCUGCCGGGAAUCGCUCCCUCUGGCCCAAUCCAGAGUCCGCACUUUACCUGCUCGUGGACGACUAUCUCCCUGUCUGUGCCUUCGGUCAGCCCAUGGCCAGGAUACCCCCCCAGGAGUUUUCGUUACCGUGGCUGUCGGGUCGCUCCCAGGAGGGGAUAUCCACCAGGCGCAGGAAGAGGCCGUAGAGGGCGGCUAGCGUCACGGUACAGAGUGUGAUAAUUGUAGGAGGUUCUUAUUCAGGAUUUUUAUAUUUUUUUCUCUCACUGUUACACUUCUUUCGGGUUUUACAGUCUGUCUCUAGGAGUAUGGCUUUCCUUCUCCCUUUUAUUGCUUUACCUGAUAGACCAAGAUACAUUUUAGUUUCUGUUUGAUAUUUUGAACGUCCUGUGUCUUGGUUGAGAAAAGCCUCUCUACUUUUUUACUUGUUGCAUCUUCAGAAUGCAAACUCUCCAGAUGUCAGUGACUCAUCACUGACAGACAAAGGAAGUAGCAGAUGUCUGGCAUCUUGUACAGUUGUUGCCAGAGUUGUGUUUGAGUAGUAUACAUUUACUUCAGCACUUCUUUUGAUGUUCAAAUUAAUGCAAAAUAUUGAGCCUCUUACAAAUUUUUCUGUAAGUGUUGCAAGCAAUAAGGUUCAUCAUAAUGAUUUAUCCUCAGAUGACAGGAAUUACAUUUUUUUUUUUCCAUUUUUGCUGGUGCACCUCAGGAAGGUGUUGGCAGUGUCAUGUCCUCAGUUGUAGUGUUUAGCCAGUUACUAAGUGACAAAAAUUAAUCCAGUGAAUAAUUUUAGUAGGUUCUAAACAAGUUUUUAAAGCUGAACAGCUUAUUUUAUGUUUUUAGUUUUGUUUUUGUCAGCAUAGGUCUGCUUUGAUCUGUGAACAUUCCAUUUGUGGCUCUGUUGUUUGUUGUGAAUCUGUUAACCGCAAGGCACGGCAGGCGCUGCGUGGCACCAAGGCACACUUAGCCGCUAGGAGAGAAGCUCAGUGUGAUUACUGCAGUUCCAACUGACCAGGGUGUAUUACAGUGUUCAGCUGCUGUGGCUGGUGCUCACUGACUAGUUCUAGAGCAAUAACAAAAGUUUUGAGUACAACCAGCUGUCGUGUCCACACUGACAAAGCCUCACUAGGGGCAGGGAUAGGUGUUGCUCUCCACAACAGGCUGUUCAAGUGUCCUAGUGGCCCAUCAAAUGAAUGGAAGGAUGCAUCAAUGGAAUCUUGUUUUAAUAUGAAUGAAAUAAAUUCAAGAGAAUUUAUUGCAAGGUGGGAGAGAGAGGUAUGAGGACAGCCAGAAACAUACAAGGGCAGUAUAGUGGAUGUUGUUAUUAUAUGCAUCCCAAACUUUCUUUUAGAUUGUAGAAAACAGAAAACAACUUGUAUACAUGUUUGAUAGUGUUUUCAAAGUGUGAUGUUGCACACGUCUUCUCAUCAUGCUGUCUUGUGACAGAUUAACUACAGUUGAUCCAACUCAGUGUGGCUUUGAAUAUCACAUUAAUGUAAACAUACAUGCCAAGCAUGAACAGAUCUUGUAAAUAACAAAAAGCAUCUUCCAUCUGUCUUCAAGUACAAUCAACUGUACCAUCACAGGCAGCAAGCAGUGGGAGCAAGUGUAGAUACUGUACAAUGUAAAGUGUGCAACAUAAUGCAUGUGCAAUUCCUCUCUUAAGUGGCAUUACCUUCCACAGUGAUGGUCAGACAGUGGCAGGCCUCCUGUGCACCCACCCUGUGGUGGCACACACACUGACACACACACUGACACACACACACACACACACACACACACACACACACACACACACACACACACACACACACACACACACACACACACACACACACACACACACACACACACACACAUGCUUGUGGCACCACCUGUUCAAAGCUGAUGCUGCUGCCUCCUGCUUGUUGUUCACAAAACACCUUACUGAAAUAUUUAAUGUGCAUGACAUGAGUCUGCUUGGCCAAAGUGCAAAACAAGGGUGCUGUUGGAGGUUUAGUAAUCGUGGCUAGACACAGUUUCCCCACAGGAGGUUGUUGUUUUAUUGUUUUUAGAAGUAUUAUCAUUGUAAGAUGACAUAGAAUAAGGAAAUUAAUAGGAAAGGUAAUUCAAAUAAUAUAUUUUUGAUAAUGGAAAUGCAACAAAUGGAGCUCCAUAGCUCAAAGCAGACCUGUGUCGUGCCAGCCCUUCAGACCCACCAUGGCCAGCUGUCCCUCACCCUCCCCCUUGCCCCACCCACACAGUGGCACCGGCAGGGUUACUACCACUAGAGACGUCACUCUGUGGGUGGGGGGUGGUGGUGGUGGUGGUGGGGGUGGUGGUGGUGGUGCAUUAGUAGCAAUAGUGUUAGGAUUGCUGUGUUGGGAUUCACAUUUGUUCAUGAGGAUCCUUUCUUGUCCUACACAAGACACAGGGCUUCAAGACGCAUCACUGAAAUGGCUCACAUCAAACAUCCAGUUCAAGAUCUUUUUUACUCCCCAUCUUUGUAUUAUACUUCAAUAUUUUCUUUCCUUUAUUCUUCUUCAAGUUAAAAUUUGCAGAUGAUAUUACUUUUAGUGUGUGACAAAUAAUCAUAGUAAUGGUAAUGAGGAGUUACCAAGGCUAGGGCAUUGUGUGCUGUUCCAGAAGACCUGUUGUUUUAUUUUCUUGUAUUUUUAUCAUUUUCUUCUCCCAUCUGUAUAUUGUAGUCUCCCCCCCCCCAAAAUGCAUUCAUUUAACCAAGUGUGUUUGCAUUGUGAACUUGAUUUUUUUGCAUUUUUGAGUUGUGCGAAUGUGGCAAAAAGUCCUCAGUGUGUUUAAGAUAUCCAUAACCUUCUUUCCUUUUUUUUUUCUUUUUUUACUACACUUCUGUACAGCAGGAAGGUAGUAAAGAUGAGAGAUGAUAUGCUUGUGUCAGCUGUUGUAUUAGUCUUAUGCUUUUCCCUUUUUUGUUUCCUAAAUUUUGUUCUGAUGUGAGCAGAGUGCAUCUGACUGGCAGUGAAAUGUGGCUGACAAAUCCGGAGCCUUUACUGAAGACAAUCCUGCGAAGUGUAAUAAUAGUAGUUCCCCCCGAGCUAGUCAUGCCCCUCCCCCACACACCCAAUCCUGGCUACCACCUGAAAGGCUCCUGUGCACAUUUCCUGCCUAGUUGUGAGCACUGUGGCUCCUCAUACUAUGUCCAUUCAGGAUGUUUAUUUAUCCAUUUUUAACAUAAACAGAUGGAAAAGGGAAGAACAGAAAAGAAGGGAGUUUCAGUUAUCUCCUGUAAGUGUUUCAUGCUGCUUGAAUGUGGUCUUAAAUGCUGCAAGAAUGAACAGCAUUGUGAACACAGAUACACACUGACCUUUGUUGAUUGGAAGGCUGGUACUGUGCCCCUUCCUGCCACUCACAGAGAGGGCACUAUAGCCCCCAGCUCCUUAGUUAUGCAGGACAUUGAAGUGAAGGAGUAGCAAAUCUCUCUUUAUUUGAUGAAACAUUAAGGUAAAGCUGAACUGGCAAAAUUUUGUUUAUUGUAAAAAGUUCUAAAAUGAGGGUCUUCCAAGUGAAUUUUAGCUGUUGAACUGUAAUGUUUUGAACCUGUUCACUACCUAAUCCAGGGGUGGGCAAGAUGCAGCCCACAAAUCCAUCAUGGCAAUUAUUCUUUAGUUUAUUUGACAUAUCUUAGGCUCAUUAUUAUGUGGGAGUUGACAAACCACACCAGCAAGACCACCUCCUCAACCACUGACUCAUUGAUAUUUUUAGAGUAAGAUAUUUAGGAAAACUUACCUUUACAUUGUGUGGAUAUUCUUGCAUUUUCAUCUAAACUGAAUCUGUGGCCCUCAGUGCAUCACCAUGCAAGGAGUGGGUCUUGUCAAAACAGUUGCCCACCCCUGACUUAACUCAUGGCUGUGUUCCAAUAUUAAGGUCAUUAUGCAGUCUACUAACAUUAUGGAAUGGUGUUUUCUUUGUUUGAAAUAGCUGUAAAGGUCAGGCACUCGGCAUUGUGUGAUACUUUAUUAUUGACUCCCAGUGUGGAGAUGGAACUGAAAGAUGUGGGCCUCUCCUUAGCAAUGCCUUUUUUAAUUUUAACCAUUUAUCCCAAGCUCUACUUUUAAUUAGUUUGAUGCAGAGUACAAUGUUUGAUAUAUAGGAAAGGUUGCAUAUAUUUUUUUCUAACUGGUGCAGCUUGUCAAUGGAAUCCUCAGAAUUGCCCUUAUUCUCAGUUUUACCUUAAGAGAUCAGUUAUAUAAAGGAACCUGCAGUGUAUUUUGUUUUAAAAUCAGAGUACAAAUACAAUUAGUUGUAUUACAUAAAUGUUGAUAAGUCUUCGUUUAAUAUGUAUACUUUUUAAAAUUAAAUAUGAAAUGGAAGUAUAUAUUAAUAAUGUACAUAGAUAUUUUUGUGAACUCUUCCAAAAUUUGGGAGGUGGUAUAAAGACACACUAGAAUAUUAGAAAUAAAAAAAACUAGUAAA